CAAUAAACUCAAUUGCACGAAAUGUUAAAAAAUGUUGCUAGUUUUAAUAACGCUUUUCAUUCAAAAUAUUUUGGCGCUUAAACAAAGAUAUCAUACGUACAAAGAACCGGUUACACGUGUGACACCUUACGUAUCAGAAGUGAUCGACAAAACAUGUCUUUUAAACCCAGACAAAGGGCCGUGUCGCGGUGAAAUCAUUAUGUACUACUUUGAUCCAAAAACCAAAGACUGCUCAAAAUUUUUUUGGGGUGGUUGUCAAGGCAACGGAAAUAGAUUCGAUUCAAGAUACGAUUGCAUUCAAAAUUGUUUGAGGGCUCCCGACGGUAGACGACAACGUCCGAGAUGGUGCAGCCUCACGUUUGACUAUGGAUUUUGUUUCGGAUCCCUCACGCGGUGGUAUUAUGAUCCCAUUUGGAAGGUUUGUAAAGAGCGAAUAUAUUCGGGCUGUGGUGGAAAUAGAAAUAACUUCUAUAAUAAAGAACAGUGUGAAUCGAUAUGCACUUAUCAAACGGGUGUUUUGAAAACUCAGAGGAAGAAGAAAGAUCGAGUUAAGAAAAUCCUAAUCAUAAACCCUAUAGGAGCUACAUCAAAGCGAGGGAAGUCUCAGCGAAGUACUACUAAACUCUUGAAUAUAACAGCUAAUAAAACUCAAUAAAGAACUUUAUGAAAAUCAUUUUCAAAAGGGAGCUUCGAAAUGUAUAUUACAUGAGAUAAAAAUAAGUCUUAACAUCUUUGCUUCUAUUUCUGUAAUCCUUCAAAGCCUAUUAUCGUGUUAUAGUUAUUUUUUCUUCUAAUAUACUAUGUUCUUCUAAUGUAGUGAAUAACACGCAGUAUUUUGGGGUCAUCCAUAACAAAACAUAAAAAACAC